AGCCAUAUCUCUGUGGAACAGUAGCGCGGCCAGUUUGUAUAGCCGUGCCGUCAAACACGAAAACUACCUUCAUUUUCUAAUUUUGUUUCAGUUAGUUUUUCACACAUUGCAAGUUUUAUUUUCAGCUUUUCAUUUACUCCGUGUUAAUGAGGCCUAUUUUGUUUUAGUUUGCAAAAUUCUUUAAAAUCAAUCGUUUUCGUUAAUUUCAUUUCGAUAGUUUCCGGUUUCGUUUUCGAUAAUAAUUGUGCUAUAAGUUUCGGUAUGACGUCGGGUGAUGGGUGUCUACUGUUAUAAAUAUUAAAUAAAUACUGGUGAAGACUACAGUGUCUGGGGACCGGAGACUAACCAAAGCCGAAAGAUGAGUAUGCCGAAUAUGGUGGGGGUACCCCUGAGCAUGCUCGAUCCCAAGUUUCUCCACACGAACUCCACCAGCCACACCUGGCCGUUCAGUGCCAUCGCGGAGCUGAUCGACAAUGCAUACGACCCAGAUGUCAUGGCCAAGCAGUUAUGGAUUGAUUGGACUCGGAUAAAGGGGUUUGACUGCCUUACAUUUCAGGACAAUGGGAAGGGUAUGACCAAAAAAGGAAUGCACAAAAUGCUGAGUUUCGGGUUCAGCGAUAAGCAAGCCGUCGGAGGCCACGCCCCAGUGGGCAUGUAUGGAAACGGCUUCAAGUCCAGCUCUAUGCGUCUGGGGAAGGACGCCAUCAUCUUCUCCAAGAUAAGUGACACUAUGAGUGUGGGGCUGCUGUCCCAGAGCUACCUGGAGAGCAUCCAGGCUGAGCAUGUGGUGGUCCCCAUCGUCACCCUCGGACAUGAUGGGCAGAGCUCAGUAGAGGAUGCAGCCAGUCUGCAGGACAUUCUCAAACACUCCCCCUUCAACACAGAGGAGGAGCUCCUCACUGAGCUGACGGCUAUUACCUCCAUCAGCUCUACAGGCACACGCAUCAUCAUCUGGAACCUGCGCAGAGUGGCGAAUGGAGAGACGGAGUUUGAUCUCAGCACGAACAGGUAUGACAUCCGGAUCCCGGAAGAUGCGUGUGAGACGCACAAGAACCAAAACAUCACACAGUCAGUGCCGGAGAUCAUCUACUCGCUGCGUGCGUACUGCAGCAUCUUGUACUUAAAGCCUCGCAUGCAGAUCAUCAUCAGAGGUGAGAAGGUGAAGAUGCAGCUCAUCUCCAAGAGCCUGGCAUUAACCCGCAAGGACCAAUACAAACCUGUCUUCCUUAAGGAACGCAUCCCGAUCACCUUUGGGUACAACAUUAAAAAUAAGGAUGAGUACGGCAUGAUGAUGUACCGUAACAACCGUCUAAUCAAGGCAUUUGAGAGGGUGGGCUGCCAGCGCAAGGGUGGUUUCCGGGGUGUCGGAGUGAUCGGUGUUAUCGAGUGCAACUUUCUGAAGCCCACACACAACAAGCAGGACUUUGACGACACUGAUGAAUACAGGAAAACUAUGAAUAACCUGGCAGUGAAGCUGGAAGAGUACUGGGAAGAAAUUCGGCACAAGCGUAAAGGCUGCCAAAUACCAACAGAAUAUAUUCCGAAGCAUCCGGAUCAGAACUGGGUGCAGUGUGAUAACUGUCAGAGGUGGAGAAGACUCCCAGAUGGUAUCGACUCUAAUCUGCUCCCUGAUGAGUGGUUCUGCUACAUGAAUCCAGAUCCCCAGUACAGGAGCUGUCAAGUAGAGCAGGAGCCUGUGGAUUCAGAAGACGAGCAGCAGUGUGACCCAAAACCUUACAAGAGACAGUAAGAGUUCUAUCAUCUUACAUCCACUAAUGCUUCUCAAGACUAGUUGAUACUACACUUUGUCAUGUGCAGUUACAGUUGGCCCCUGGUCAUGCACAUGGACUCUUGUGUACAUACGACAUUUGUCCGUUUAUGCCGACACAUGCAAACAGUAAUGAUUUUCCACCGGCCCAGCGGAGGCCAGACGCCAUUUCGGUCUGUUGAAUUCCCUUCUUUGCACAGUGUUUGGGUGAUUUUCUUUGCACAAAAUUUUUGCAUCAGAAUAUGUUUUUCUGCUCCUUCAAUGAUGAGUUAUAUACAGUAAGCCCUAAACGUACACACACUUGAUAUUUGCAGUUUUGGUUAUUCUCGAGUUAGCCGUGACUUGCGGAUGACGAGGAACGUAAAAACAAUGCUGAAAAUGAUUUGAAUCACAUUAAAUCAUACAAUAUAUGAAUAUAUAAAUAUUUGUUAGUGUAAGUGCAUACUAUAUUUUCAAUAUUAAAAGUCUUGGCUUGGGUAUUAUAUGACUACAUCAUUGUCUCCGCAACCAGUCUCACUCAUGUGUUGGCUGUCUUUGUGACUGUGGAAUCUAAUGGUUCUCUUAGUAACUUUUAAAUUUUUCAGUGCUUUACCCGACAUUUUC